GAAUCUCAUUUGAACACAAAGCCACCUAUCAGCUCCCCUUUCUACCUCUCCCUCUCUCUCUGCCAUGAAAAGCUGACUCGAAAGCAGCUGUUGGAAAUGGCGUUUCUUCUCUCAAAUCUCUCUCCUUCUCUGCUCGUUCAAGCCAAAUCCAAAGAAAAUCUCAUUCACCAAACUUCUCUGACAAAACCCACUCCUUCACCUCCUCUCCUCUCUUCCUCCCCUCUCACCAAACUCGAAACCCCACCCAUUCGCCGUGCGCAGGAUAAGGAUCUCCCUAUUGCACAGGAUAAGCAGAAGGACGAUUUCUACGUUAAUCUCGGCCUUGCUGUGAGGACUCUCAGAGAAGACUUGCCUUUAAUUUUCUCCAAGGACCUCAAUUACGACAUCUACAGAGAUGAUAUAACGUUCAUGGACCCAUUGAACACCUUCACCGGAAUCGACAACUACAAAUUGAUCUUCUGGGCCUUGCGUUUCCAUAGCCGAAUUCUGUUUCGGGAAAUUUCGCUUGAGGUUUAUAGGAUAUGGCAGCCUUCUGAGAACGUUAUACUAAUCAGAUGGAACUUGAGAGGUGUUCCCAGGGUUCCGUGGGAGGCAGAAGGGCAAUUUCAGGGGACUUCGAGGUAUAAAUUGGACAGGAAUGGGAAAAUUUACGAGCACAAAGUCGACAAUUUGGCUUUUAAUUUCCCACAGCCAUUGAGACCGGCUGCAUCGGUAUUGGAUUUGGUUUCUGCCAUCCCGGCUAGCCCCAAUCCGACAUUCUUAUGGGGGCCAACAGAAGCAUACUCGUCAGCAUGGUUGGAGUUUUAUCGGGCAGUGAGGAAUACCUUGUGUAGUGAAGGGUAUUUGCUUAUGCAAGAUGGGUUGGUUACGUGUUCAUAACAGCAGCGGAUUGUUAAGUAUACUCGUUAUCCUGUAUUUUAUGUCUGCUUCAUACUUCAUGUAUCAUAUGCUCUUAUACAGCUCAUUAGUAGUUAGGAACCAAGCUAAUGUACAUAGGCAGGGAUGUUGGAGCAUUCAUGUUCUUGUAUUGUGGAGAAUCUACAAGAAGUGGGUGCAUAUUUGUUGAGUUUUUACAGUUCGGAUGUGCAUCUAUAGGCAUAUUUUGUUAGCACUCAUUGAAAAUCUUUUCUAUAUCCUCUAGUCAUAUAUGUUGUCAAACUUAAAAAUAAGCUUCUUCAUGAUUUCACACUGCUGCUUUGCUUUCAGUAGGGAGGUGAAAGGGAUUCUACUUUAUAUAUUUGAAGAUUCAAGAUGAAUAAGAAAGCAUAGAUUUUCCAGGUCUA